GCGGUGUCCCCCCCACUACGCGCUUUCCCACAAACCGACACAUCCUCAGAGGGAACCCUCCGCGCCUUUCCCCCCAGUCGCGCACGCUCACGACUCGUCUGCAUCCAUUGCUGCGACUGCAUCCUCUCAUCCGCUCACCGUCUGCUCCCCCGAGCAGACACUACAACACCAUCAUGGCGCUCAACGCGUCCUCCCACAACCCCACUGGUGAGAGCACGGGGCCGAAUACCACUGCGCCGCCGCCGCUAGGGGAUGACAGCAAGAAGGACAUUCUCGCGCAUGCCAAUGCGGACGGAACAGGCCAAUCCGCGCCUGGACAAGCCGCGCCCGAUCAGGGAGGGAAGGAGAAUGCUGCAAAGCCCAAGACUGCGAAGGAGUUGGAGAAGGAGAGGAAGAAGGCAGAGAAGGAUGCCAAGUUCAAGCAAAAGCAAGCCCAAGCCGCUGCCGCCAAGACUGGUGAAGCUGCCGCACCGAAAGAGAAGAAGAAGAAGGAGAAGGCGCCCGAGCUGCCCCCGUACGUCGAACAGACACCUCCCGGCGAGAAGAAGAUCCUUGGCAGUCUCGAAGACCCCCACCGAACGGCCUACAUCCCUGCUGUCGUCGAGAGCGCAUGGAACGAUUGGUGGGAGAAGGAGGGCUUCUUCAAGCCCGAGUACAACACACCCGGCUACAACGAAGGAAAGACCAAUGAGAAGGGCACCUUCGUCAUUCCAAUCCCUCCUCCGAACGUCACCGGCAAGCUUCAUGUCGGGCACACUCUGGCGACUUCGCUACAGGAUCUGCUCAUCCGGUGGCAUCGCAUGAGGGGCUUCACCACCGCUUACAUCCCGGGCUGCGACCAUGCGGGUAUAAGUACGCAGUCUGUAGUAGAGAACAUGCUGAUGAGGCAGGAGGGCAAGACACGUCACGACCUAGGGCGAGAGGCGUUCGUCCGCAGAACUAUGGAGUGGAAAGAAGAAUAUUCUCAGGCCAUUACUCGUGUGCUCAAGCGUUUAGGAGGGAGUAUGGACUGGAGCAGAGAGGCGUUCACCAUGGAUGCCAAUCUCUCUGCUGCGGUCACGGAAACCUUCGUCAGGAUGCACGAGGAAGGAUUGAUUUAUCGCAGUGGUCGUAUCACCAACUGGUGUGUCCACAUGAGAUCUGCCCUGAGCAAUCUUGAAGUCGACAACAAAGAGCUCACGGGCCGAACACUCCUCGAUGUCCCUGGUUACGAACGCAAGGUCGAGUUUGGUUGUCUGACACACUUCAAGUACCCCAUCGAUGGUACAGAAGAGUUCAUCGAGGUUGCCACGACACGUCCGGAGACUAUGCUCGGCGAUACUGGUAUUGCUGUCAACCCCAAGGAUGAGCGUUACAAGCAUCUUAUUGGAAUGCACGCCAAGCAUCCGUUCGUCGACCGUCUAUUGCCCAUCUUCGCGGAUGACUACGUCGAUGCAUCUUUCGGAACUGGAGCUGUCAAGAUUACCCCUGCCCACGACCCCAAUGAUUUCAACAUGGGUACCAACCACAAGCUCGAGUUCAUAAACAUACUGACGGACGAUGGCUUGAUGAACGAGAACGCAGGCAAAUUUGCAGGCCAGAAGCGUUUCGACGUGCGGUAUACUGUCGUCGAGGAGCUCACGAAGCUGGGUCUGUUCGUGAAGAAGGUGGACAACCCCAUGAAGGUUCCGAUCUGCCAAAAGUCGAAGGAUGUCAUCGAGCCACUGAUGAAGCCUCAGUGGUGGAUGAAGAUGGAGGGCCUCGCUCGCCCCGCUGUCGAAGCUGUCGAGCGGGGCGACAUUAAGAUCCGACCGGCGAACUCGGAGAAAAUAUACAAGCACUGGUUGAACAAUAUCAACGACUGGUGCUUGUCGCGACAGCUCUGGUGGGGCCACCGUAUACCUGCUUACUACGUUCGCAUAGAAGGCCAAGCUGGCGACAACACUGACAAUAACUUGUGGGUCACCGGUCGUACCGAGGAAGAGGCGCGACAGAAGGCAGAGAAGAGGUUCAGUGGACAGAAGUUCCGGCUCGAACAGGAUGAGGACGUAUUGGACACUUGGUUCUCGUCCGGCCUCUGGCCAUUCAGCACUUUAGGGUGGCCUAAUGAGGCGUCGAUUGACCUGAAGAACCUGUUCCCCACGUCGCUCUUGGAGACUGGAUGGGACAUCCUGUUCUUCUGGGUCGCCAGGAUGAUCAUGUUUAGUCUACAUCUCACCGGAAAGGUUCCUUUCAAUGAGGUCUACUGUCACUCAUUGAUACGAGACAGCGAGGGCAGGAAAAUGUCCAAGUCUCUUGGGAACGUUGUUGACCCUAUUGACAUCCUAGAGGGUAUCUCUCUGCAGGAGCUGACUAACAAGCUGAAGCUUGGCAACUUGGACCCCAAGGAACUUAAGACGGCCGAGAAGUACCAGAAGGCCGCAUUCCCUCAGGGAAUACCUGAAUGCGGUGCAGACGCGCUUCGAAUGUCACUCAUCGGCUACACAACUGGCGGAGGUGACAUUGCUUUCGAUGUCCAGACCAUCCAUGGAUACCGGCGAUUUGCCAACAAGAUUUACCAAGCCACGAAAUUCGCUCUCGGGAGGCUGGGCGACGACUUCAAACCUCGUUCCGCAGUCACGUCGGGCAAGAGCGAGUCCCUACCCGAACGAUGGAUCCUGCACAAGUUCACGACCAGCGCCAAGAAGAUCAACGAGCAUCUCGAGAAGCGGGAAUUCUCGCUUUCGACCCAGGUUGCGUACAAGUUCUUCUAUGAGUUCCUGUGCGAUACAUACAUCGAGAAUUCCAAAGCAAUCUUCGACAACGGGACAGAUGCAGAAAAGGAGAGCGCAAAACAGACGCUCUACACCGCUGUCGAGGGAGGACUCCUAAUGAUACAUCCCUACAUGCCUUUCUUGACUGAGGAGCUCUGGCAGCGUCUGCCUCGGAGAGAAGGGGACAAGACCCCUUCUAUCACCGUCGCCUCCUAUCCCGAAUAUAUGCCCGAGUUCGAAGACGAGGCCGCCGACCGCGAAUACGAACUUCUCGUCGGGGCUUCCCGCGGCCUGCGUUCUCUCACAUCAGAGUACGCCAUCAAGGAGGGCGGAUCCACGUUUGUCCAAGCGCUCGACUCGACCACCAACGAUGUCCUCGCACUACCGACAUCUCUCCCCUCCCUCCGCUCCCUCACCGGCAAGACCGUCUCCAACAUCUCCGUCCUCUCGCCCUCUGACGCUGCACCCACGGGUUGCGCCGUUUACACUGUCGGCUCCUCGGCCACCGUCUACCUAGACGUCAAGGGCCGCGUCGAGAUCGACAAGGAGAUUAUUAAGGCGCAAGAUAGACUCAAGAAGGCGAACGAGACGGUCGAGCGUCAGAAGAAGAUCAUGGGCGUUGACAACUGGGAGGAAAAAGCUAAUGAUGUCGUCAAGGAGGCGGAGCGCGAGAAGCUGAAGGCUGCUGAGGUUGAUGGCGCAAACUGGCAGAAGACACUCGAACAGUUCGAGAAGUUGAAGCUUGAGGGAUAGGUGUGCAUGGAUUGGAGUUCUGGGCGGUGGAUCUUGAAUGUAAGGGAUCGGGACAUCUGGCUUUGUCUGGACCAAACGGUCUCAGUAAGGAAAUAGGCAAAUCGGGAAUGUGAAGUUUAGAGUUCAAGAGGGAUGUGUAUAUGUAUUAGUUUUCAAGACUUCAAAAAUAAGGUUACCACUUC